AGAAGCUUUGAGAGGUGGUUCCCCAAUCCACGCAAAAAGAUUAGUAUAAUACUCCUCCUUUACAAAGGGGACCCUAGUUGAGUAAAAUGCCAAACAACUCUUUCCUCUAUUUCUCUAUUCACAAGUUCUCCAUUAACACAAAUACUCAAAUCUCUCUACAAGAUUCUUACUCUCAACAAUCAAUCAUAUACCUUUUUUAGCUUUCAAUCGAGUGAUUGUUUACCCACCUAAUCUACUAGUCUUAGCUUACCGACAAGCGAAGGAAAUAAAAGAAUACAAUUUGGGAUAAAACCAUUUGCGAUUUACUGGUUUUUCAAUCAGUGUAUGUAUCUAUUUUGAUCUGAAUCUUCAAAUUGCUUUAUGGGUAUUGCAGAUUCUUUUCUAAUCUUUUGUUGAUUUUCUGGAAUUGAAACUUCUCUGUCUGCAUCAGUUCUCUUAUUCGGGAGGAUUAUUAUUAGCGGGUAAUGCUGUUUGAUCAGGAGGCUGGUAUUGAGAAGACCGAAUAGGUUAUUCAAAGAAAAUGGUAGCUAAUGCUCCUUUGAUGUUAAUGUGGACUUAGCGGGAGCAAUGUACUAGGCAGGCUGUUCAAUGGAUUUAGGCCUACUAUUCCAACUUUUCAGUUUUGUCUUCCUCCUGCUGUUAUAUAUGGGCUGACGUGUUUGUUUCAUGGGAGCUGAGGACGAUGAUGAACCACCAUCAAAACGUGUGAAGGUAUCCUCCGGUCAAUUGGUAGAUAUUUCUGACAGGACAUUUGUUAGAGAUCCUGCAAGUUGUUCAUUGGGUGACUCGAUGGCUCGACCCCUGACUCUUCAAGGGGACGAUGAGGUUGUUGGUACUAAAGGAGUUGUCAAGAAAGUUGAAUUUGUUCGGAUUAUAACUGAGGCAUUAGAUUCUCUUGGUUACAAAAAGACUCGGGCCUUACUAGAGGAAGAGUCAGGGAUACCCUUGCACACUUCCGUCGUAAAUUUGUUUAUGCAGCAAAUUCUUGAUGGUAAAUGGGAUGAAAGUUUAAACACAUUGCGAAAGAUUGGUCUGGUGGAUGAAAAAAUUGUAAAGUUGGCAUCUUUUGUGAUAUUGGAGCAGAAGUUUUUUGAAUUGUUGCACAAGGAAAAAGUUAUGGAUGCUCUGAAGACACUGAGGGGCGAGAUCUCACCUCUUUGCAUAAACAAUGAUAGAGUCCAUCAGCUUUCGUUUUUCAUUAUAUCACCUUCUCAGCAGGUUCUUACUGGGGUAUCAGGUCAAGGCACAGCGAGAAUAAAGUCACGUACAAACCUACUAGAGGAAUUGCAAAGAUUGCUUCCCCCAACAGUUAUGGUUCCAGAAAAGAGAUUGGUACAUCUUGUUGAACAAGCUCUUGACUUGCAACUAGAUGCUUGUAGAUUUCACAACUCUGUGGUUGGUGAAAUGUCACUGCUCAGUGAUCAUCACUGCGGAAGAGAUCAUAUUCCAUCUCUAACAAUGCAGAUAUUACAUGAACAUAAAGAUGAAGUCUGGUUCUUGCAGUUUUCCCAUAAUGGAAAGUACUUAGCCUCGUCAUCUGCCGAUUUUGCAGUAAUUAUAUGGGAGGUCAAAUUGGAUGGCAGUGUCUGCAUGAAACACAGACUUUUGGGUCACGAGACAUAUGUCUCGUAUAUAUCAUGGAGUCCUGAUGACCAUCAGCUUCUCACUUGUGGUGAAGAGGAAGCUGUCAUUCGGUGGGAUGUCGAGUCUGGUGUACGUAUACACACUUAUGAGAAAAAAUUUGUUAAGUUUAUCUCAUGCGGCUGGGCUCCUGAUGGAAAAAGGAUAUUCUGUGGUGUAACUGACAAAAGCAUUAGCAUGUGGGAUUUGGAAGGGAAAGAGCUUGAGUGUUGGAAAGGCCACAGGACUACUAGAAUAUCGGACUUGGGGAUAACAAGUGAUGGGAAGCAUGUUGUCUCUGUUUGUAAAGAAAAUAUGAUAGUAUUAGUUGGAUGGGAAUCAAAAGUAGAGAGAGUAAUUCAGGAGGAUCAAGCAAUAACCUCAUUUGUAUUGUCCAUGGACAGUAAGUAUGUGUUGGUUAGUCUUUCAAACCAAGAAAUUCAUCUCUGGAAUAUCGAGGGAACUGUAAAACUCGUAGCCAAAUAUAAGGGGCAUAAACGUUCUCGGUUCGUUGUGAGGUCUUGCUUUGGAGGACUAGAUCAAGCUUUUAUUGCCAGUGGAAGCGAGGACUCACAGGUUUAUAUAUGGCACAGAGGCUCAGGUGAACUUGUUGCGACACUGGCUGGACAUUCAGGGGCGGUGAACUGUGUUAGCUGGAACCCAACAAAUCCUCAUAUGCUGGCAUCUGCGAGUGAUGAUGGUACAAUUCGUAUAUGGGGCGAUAAUCGAGUAAACACAAAGCAACAUGACACUGAUAAUGGUGUGAACUACUGCAAUGGGCUAAGUUGAAAUCUGAGAUGCAAAAGGGCAGCGUGUAACGUUACAAAUAUCUUUCAUCGCUAUCACUGGUUUCUGUGUAUAUUCUGUAUGUUCAUGUCGAAUCAACAUUUAUGACAAACAAGAAUGUGAAAUUUGCAUUCAGUCCAUUAAUAAAUCGUGUACUCUUUCCUCCAUA